AUGGCUACCACACACCGUGACCAUCUUCCGGGCACCUACCCCGACUCUAACCCGGCCACCCCCAACGAGCAGGGCCUGGCGCCGCAGAACCAGAGCUACAUCCAAAGCCACGACCAACGAAACAAGCUUCACAAGUCCACCGACCCCCGCUCCCAUAACUUUUCCGACGCCCGCCUCGGCAACAUCGAGUCCCAACCCAUCGGAAACGAGGCUAACAUCAGCCAGAGACACUUCAACCGUGACUAUUCUGGCGAAGCCGUCGGUGGCGGCUUCUACAACCAUGACAGCGGUCCGACCAUAUUCAACUCCCAGCACCCGCGUGUCUCCCAAGCCCCGCAGCGCACCCUCCCCAUGGAGAACACCGACGGAGAGGCCGCCCUUGGAGACCAGCAAGAAUAUACUUUUUCCACGCCUGUUCCGACCGUCGCCAAGGAGCAGGGCUUCCGCGAAGUUGACGCUCGUCAAGCUUCCAAACAGGGGGUCCAUGAAGUCGGCUCCCACCCCGAGGUUGACUCCCAUCCCGAGGCACGCCGCGCGAACGUGGCUACGUCCAGCCAAGGCGCCGCCGACGAGCAGCCUUCGAACAUCCGCGACAAGUCCAGCAACGACGACGCCACCUCACGCACUAGCCACACCAGCGGUACUGCUCCUUACUGGGGAGAUCUUCCCAAGGCCUCCCAAGGCGGUAUUUACAACACGGUCACCGGUCAUGGCAGUGCUCGGGAUGAUCAUGAUGAGCACCACCACCUACCUCAUAGGUCAGCAGAAGACUCUGACAACAGGUUACACGUUACGGGCCUCGGUACUGACGUUCCAAGUGGUGGCGUUUACAACACUGUCGCGGGCCAUGGAAGCAGCGACGAGGAGAGCAAGCGUCACCUGGAGGACAGCAACCACAUUAAUGAUAACCUCAAGUUGAAUAUUCCUGAGAAUGACCAUGUCAGCGCAGCUACUAUUAACAGCACUGAGGCCGUCUUUGAUGCGCCAUUGGCUGCUGUCCCCGAGGACAAGGCGUGGGCUUCUAACAGCUUCUCUCAGGUGCCCACUGGUGCUCCUGACGCUGGAACGGUGACAGGCACGGAUCGCAAGGACAUUGCUCCUGGCUUCCUGCCUGAGCUUGCUGCAGCAGAUGAUGCUAAGCUCCUCGCCGAGUCGGCUGUUAAGAGAAAGGAACGUGUUGGCAGCACCGCUAACGACAAUGUCUUUGAUGCUCACGCUCAUGGUAGCUACCGGAAGGACAGCACUACAUCUGCUGGCUCCAACGCCCAGAACAGUGACGUCAAGGCCCAACGCGCUUUUCCCUUGACUUCCAAGCACGCGACCACUGCUGACGUCGCUAUGGCCAAGGACGAUGCUGGGUCGUCUCCCAAUCAGCACCAUUCGCGCCACAAGGAUGCGUUUGUUGCGGGCGCUGCUGGUCUUGGUGCGGGUGCCGCCGCCUCCCAUCUGGCCAAAAAGCACCAGGAUGAUGAGCUUCGCGAGAUUAAGGACAGAAACGCCCAGAAAAACCUAGGAGAGGACACCCUUGCCAAGGAAUGGGAUACCGUCCCCGAGAAUCUGGACCAUCCUGCUCGCAACUAUCCUCGUCAUGCUGCCGCUGUCAGUCACAGAAGAAAGAGCCAGGAACUCAACGAGGCCGGCGUCAUCCCCAUCUCUGGCACCACGUUGGAGAAAGUGAAACACAAGGAGGAGGAGAAACCCCUUGGCGAAGAUACUCUCAAUGUUUGGGGCACCACCCCGGAGAACUUGCAAAAGCCCGCGACCCGUCACACUGCCCAUGGCGUAAACGUCCAGCAGCCUGCCGCUGAGAACAGACUGGCGAAGCAGCCAUCGCCUGCUGGAAGCAAUAGCAGUGAGGGCUCCUCCAAGGGCGAGAAGAAGCACCGUGGUCUUCUCGGUAUCUUCCACCGCCACAAGGACGACAAGGAAGAGAACACCACCGCCACUGAGCCCCCCAAGUCUCCCAAGGAUAAAAGCCACAGCAAGUUGAAGAAGGAUGCUGCUUUGGCCGGCACUGGAGCUGCUGCUGGCUACGGUCUUGCCCACCACCACAGGAAGGACGACAAGGACGCCACCAACCAGCCCACCGAACUGGACCAGAACAUGAAGCGCAGGGCUUCCGAGGCUGCUGCUCCUGGGGCUGUUUCCCACCGUCGGAACCCCAGUGACGCUCAGAGCGCGAUCCCCCAUGUUCCUGCAGUAGGCGCUGCAUCUACUGGCGCCCCUUCCCACGGCCUUUCCCAGGCUCAGCGUGAAAAUGCCCCUGCCAGCAAGAUCCCCGUCGCCGCAGAUCACAACAUUCACCACCACAGCAACACGGCCCACGCUGGCAUGGCUGGCGCCACUCUUGCUGGAGUCGCUGGUGGCAUUGGUGCGGCCAAGUAUGCUUCUGCUCACGAUGACAAGGAGACCAUUCAUCCUGAGCAGGACGUCUCCCACGCCGCCAGUGGUGUAGGUGCCCCCGCUGCUGCUGGUACCGGUGCUGUAACUUCGGGCGGCUUGUAUCACACUGAAAACCCGAGACAGCCUCCUGCUGACUCUAGCACUAAUCCUUCCGGGGUGAAGCCGAAUGAGAAUCUUGCCAGGAACACCGCCCAGGAACCCGGCUACAACGCCUUGAUGUCCGGAACCCCCUCUGGUGUUCAACCCAUGUCCACCCAUGGUCAUGACGGCAAGCAUGCGAAGACUACCAAUGAGCCUGGCAACUACAACCACCUCCACACGGGAACUCCUUCAGGCGUCGCGAUGGACACUGCGAAUGUAGGCCGUGCCCGUUCCGAGGAUCAGCCUCGCACUACCCAGAAGCCAGGCAACUACAAGCAUCUUGCUAGUGGCACUCCCUCCGGCGUCAUGGCCGGUGCCACUUCCCAGCCCUCCGCUCGCCGUGCCUCCGAGGGCGUCAAGCGCAACGCUCCCGCCGCCGGUGGGAGUGAUUCUGAGGAAGGUCUUUACAAUGUCCUCUCAUCCGGUACCCCCUCAGGCGUCAAGAUUUCUCCCCGCCAUUCCCGCCAUAGCUCUCGCUCGUCUGAGCCCGUCAUCCACGCCGACCACCAGGACAAGGACGGCAUGUACGGGACCCUCGCCUCCGGCACUGCCACCGGUGUCAACGUUGCUGCCAUGCACGAAAACCGUGACAAGGCCAUGAAGGAUGUGAAAGAUGAGGUGCACGAGCAGAGCGCCAUGAACACUUUGACUUCCAAGUCCGGUGCCAACCAGCACAGCCUUCCCCCGGCUGAGUCGCGGCCUAUUGCCGCCCUUUCGCCCGCUGAGCACCAUAAGAACCAGGAUACCGCAGCUGCCACACCCAUGCACCACACCACCGCCAGACGCACCCAAGACCAAUACAAGCCCGUUCUCUCGGCCGAGCCUCCCCAGCAAUUCAUGUCCCCCGAAGUGAUGCCUGACGCCUAUACCACCUCGGUUCCUGGGCGCAACUCCGGUGCCGGAUCCGGUCCCGCUGUCGCCCCUGCGGCCACGGAGCCUAUGCGUGCCAAGCACAUGAGUCCUAUGGUGAUGCCGGACGCCUAUACUGCUUCUGCGCCUGGACAUUCUGGGGCGGAGAAGAUCAAUAGCAUCCCCGAGUCUACUGGCCAUACUUAUGGUUCCGCUGCUGCUCAGCCUGCUGUGGCUAAGCAUAUGAGCCCGGAAGAGAUGCCGGCUGCUCAUACCGCUUCCGCCCCGGGACAUUCGGGUGCUGAGAAGCUCGCUGAGCCUAAGACCACGGCUCCGCGCUCCGACAAAAACCUUGCGCUGGCGGCAGCCAGUGGGGCUUGGGCUGCUCGUUCAACUCACAAGGGCGUGAGUGAGGGUUCUGAUAAGGAACAGCGCACUCACAAGCCGGUGUUUCACAAGUGCCAACAUUGUGGAAAGGAUAACGACGUCAGUGAUGUUCUGGAUACAGUCUUGAAGGGUGAGAGUGGUCGUCAGUAA